AUUAUCUGCGAGGCUGCUGUUACGAAAAGUGUUGUGUAUGUCGUAUGUCGGAGGGUAGUUCGCAGCAAGAGGAGUGUCCAAACAUCCACUAUCCUGACUUCUAGAAGUCUCUAGAACGUUUACGAAUGGAGUAAUUUGUAUCGUUCAUCAGUUGUGUUUCUUACAGUCGAGUCGAAGCCUUGAUAAACGUACUGCAAUAUCCGUAGGCAGGAGCCAGACUGAGAAAGUCUAGUCAUAAAUUGUUUUUCCGAAGCUUGAAAAACAGUCUUCGCAAGAUGAGUGUGGUGAAAGCAGGAUAUCUACAAAAGCACAGUAAGAGCAUAUUGAGUGGAGGAUGGAAAAGUGUAUAUGUAGUUCUGUAUAGUGACUCUAACCUGACUGUCUUUAAGAAACAGGGAGACUCUUCACCAAUGGGAACAAUCAAUCUCUUUGAAGUGCGAAAGUGGUUUGCAUAUGGUCAAUACACAGAUGGCAUGCCAGACCGACCACAUCCACCACAAGGUGCCAGUGUCUCCCUCAUGAUUGGAAUCCCACAGAAGCCAUCCAAGAAGGCAAAGAUUCACUGGUUUUUGUGCAAUUCCGAGGCAGAACUGCAUGAAUGGAUGGAUGCCAUUUGCAGAACACUACCACCACCAACUUCUGAAAACCUACAACGUCAUUCUUCCAGCCAGCCACAGCCUCAGCCACUAUCACAGGCCCCUCCCCCAUAUCCUGGUGCUGCAGGACCAGGCCUAGGCUUUGAGAGUGUGAUGGGAAACACAGGCUAUUCUCAGCAGCCUUAUCCUCAACAGCCAUAUCAACAACCGUAUCCUCAACAGCAGUAUCCUCAGCAACAACCCUAUCCUCAACAGCAGCCUUACCAACAAGCUUAUCCUCAGCAGCAGCCUUACCCACAGGCUUAUCCUCAGCAGGGUUACUAUCAGGCUGCAGGCCCCCCACCCCCAGGUGCCUAUCAGCAGCAACAUUACUAUCAACAUCGUGGCUAUCAACAGCCAUAUGCAACUGGCUACCAGCAACAACCUGGUGUGGUCUAUGUACAAGAGAAGCCAAAGAGCAAAGGGUUCCUGUCUUCUAAUGCAGGAAAAGCUGCUGCAGGUUUGAUUGGUGGUGCUGCUCUUGGCUAUGGAAUGUCGAGGAUGAUGGGAGGUGGACUCGGCAUGAUGGGAUGGGGCAUGCGAGGCAGCUGGAGCUCACUCAGCAGCUUUGGGAGUGUUGGCAGCUUUGGGAGUUUUGGGAGUUUUGAUUGAAUUGUCUGCAUUUGCAGCUGUGAUCUUGUUGGUUUUUGUCUUGUACUUACUUUACAGCAGUGUGUUGCUGUUCUUGUUCAUUUGCACGCUCAUCGCUGUUAUUAUUCAUGCACAAGUGAUAUUUUGUUGUGAAAGUUCCAGUCUUCAUCAGGUCUUCUGAUGGCAAGCAAGGCAAGUAAAAAGAGCAUUUACAUGGAGUGAUAUUCAUAAAAUAUUUAUUGUUGCGUUUUAUUUCUGAAAAUGCUGCAUUAGUUCAUUAUCUAUUUUAGAAUCCAGAUUAGUUGUUAGUAACCUUUUAAACAUUUUAUUCAUUUAAGUACAGGGUUGUCUUGACAUAAAAGCACAGCUGAAACCCUUAAUGCUCAGAUUUGUUCAUGACUCUGGUCAUUUCACUUGCAUCUGUGUUUAACAAUUCAUCCAGCCCUUUAUAAAGACAAGAAAUAAGGACAUGCCUAUUAAAAGGCAGUAUUAUCAAAACAACCUGUUCAGUGUGCAUAUUUAAGCAUAUAUAAGAAAACAGAUGCUGUGUCUUAGCAUUCAGUGUGUUCACAGACUUGUGCACGCUUUAUUUGAAACAUCCUCUUUUUUUAAUUUUAAUAUUUCCCAUCCUUUUAUUUCAGUUUAAAUGAUAAUUAUUAACUGUUAGCAGUGAAGAAAAAGGUUUCCAAUUCCAUAUGAGUAUUAAC